GCGUAGAAAUGAAGAAGAAAAAUCUAUAUCGAAUUCGAAGCCAUUCAAGAAGCGAAAAAACCAGGAAAUUCUCUCUCUCUGUCUCUCUCUCUGCAUUACUACCUAUUCAAAUUGCAGUCGUAUGCUCUUACAUUUCUAUUGUUCUUUCGUCCUCGUCUCUAAUCUGGAUUUUCACUAAUUUCUAAGCUUGCUUCUCUCUCUCAAUAAUAGAUUCUUUGCCCUUUUUAAUACCUAGUAUUCUAUCUGGUUUUUUUGUCUGAAUUUUCAGUUUUUCUCCAUUUUUUAUUUGAUUUCCCGUCUGUUUUCUCUCUCUCACAACCUCUUUUCAUCGGGUAUCUUUCCUUCUCUGUUUUUCUAUCGUUUUAGCCCUUUUAUCUUCUGUUUUUUUUUUUUUCUUGUUCUUGGUCUGUUUUGUUCUCUUUUACUGCUUUUCUUUGCAUUUGAUUUUAUAUGGGUUUUGCUUGAUUUUCCUGCUUUUUUUUUUUGCCAUUUUUAUUUUAUUUUCCAUCUGGUUUGUCUUUCUCACUAUCUUUUUCCAUCUAGAUAUCUUAUUUUUUCUGUUUUCCAAGCUUUUUACCUCAUGUUUCAUCUGGGUUUUUCUUAAUUUUCAUUUUCUUUGCCAUUUUAGGUCAUUUUCCACCUGGAUUUUACUUCUUAACCUGAUUUUCUCUGUUUCUCAUCUGGAUUUUCUUUAUUUCCCCGUUUUGACUGUUGUUGGUUUCCCAUUUUUCGCCUUUCUUAUUCUCCAUCUGGUUUUUUCUUCUUUCCCUGUUUUUCCUCUUUUUUCUGUUUUCCUUCAGUGUUCUCUUUUAAUUCCUCCCCUUUUCGUCUUCUUGCUGUGUUUUUACUUGAUUAUUCAUUCAAUUCAUCCCCACCCAAAUGGUGAAUUCGAUUGAAUUUCGAGAAACUCUAUGGAUUUUGAGGAUGGUUUGAAUCAGCGGCACACCCAGACACUAAAAUCACUCAGAUUUUGAAAAUCGUUACCGUAUUUUGAAGAAUGAAGUGUUUGUUCCCCUUUAAGGAUAAAGCUUCAAAAUCAGCUCCAGCGGCAGCAGAGCGAAGGAAAUCGAAUGAUCCACGUGCUCAAAGGGUGACAAAAUCUGCAAGUUCGAUCACCAACGCCUCAUCCUCACGUCGCAGUAUCCCAGCUUUGUACGAGGAGAAGGCGCACAACUUGCGUGUUUUUUCAUUCAGUGAGCUCACAAAUGCCACUAAUGAUUUCCACCGGUCACUAAAGAUUGGAGAAGGUGGAUUUGGGAGCGUCUAUAAGGGCUUCGUCAAGCCUCCUGAUGGUGAUGGCGAACGCAUUGCAGUGGCCAUUAAAAAGCUCAACAAGGAGAGUUUGCAGGGCCAUAAACAAUGGGUGGCAGAAGUUCAAUUUCUUGCCGUAGUAGAGCACCCUAAUCUUGUAAAACUCAUCGGAUAUUGUGCUGCGGAUGGUGAAAGAGGGAUCCAGAGGCUCUUGGUCUAUGAGUUUAUGCCUAACAAGACCUUAGAAGAUCAUUUAUUCAGUCCGGCAUUGCCUGUUCUUCCAUGGAAGAGAAGACUCGAGAUCGUCUUGGGUGCAGCUCAAGGAUUGGCGUAUCUGCACGGAGGAUUGGAAGUUCAGGUAAUAUAUCGAGAUUUCAAGGCAUCUAACGUUCUGUUAGAUGAGGAGUUUAAGCCCAAGCUGUCGGACUUUGGACUAGCUAGGGAGGGACCAUCUGAGGGGCACACUCAUGUGUCCACAGCGGUUGUGGGCACUUAUGGGUAUGCGGCCCCAGACUACGUUGAGACAGGCCAUCUCACAAUCAAGAGCGAUGUGUGGAGUUUUGGAGUGGUGCUAUAUGAGAUCCUGACAGGUAGGAGAUCGUUGGAAAGAAAUCGCCCGAGAAUGGAACAGAAGUUACUGGAAUGGGUGAAAGAAUUUCCCGUGGACAAUAACAAGUUCGUCAUGAUCAUGGACCCAAGGCUCAGGAAUCACUACUCCCUCGGCGCUGCACGCAUGAUCGCCAAGUUGGCGGACAGGUGCCUGUCCAAGCAAUCCAAGGACCGUCCAAUGAUGGCCGAGGUGGUGGCCACCUUGAAGCAAGCGAUCCAAGCUUCAAAAACCAUAGGCCCACCGGAGACGGAUGCCGCACCUUCUUCCAUGGCCCGCUUAGGCAAUGAUAAGAGGGGUGAUCGUGCCAACCAACCUGAGCAAUCGAGACGGCCGAUAGCAGCACGCGAACGUCGUUGGUAGGCCAAGAUUUAUGAUCAUGCAGAGGGCCAAGGAGUGGUAGAUUUUUGCUUACAUGUGCUUUCUUUUGUUUAUUUUGGACAGAUUGGUUGGUUGAGAAAAUGAGAUGGGCUCUCUUCAGCUAAGAAUAUGUGAAUUUCGGCAUUCUUUGGACUGGUGUGCAUAUGCUAAAGAGACAAUUCCAUGCCACUUUGGUGGGUCACUUCCAUCAUUGAUGGGCCCACUUCAAAAGACGCAGAUUCAUCAAGACCGUUCAAUACAUUGAGCUUCCACAGAGCUCACAUGAAAUCUCUUCUGUUGUAAUGUUAAGUGUGGAAAGGGCUGUAAAGAGCAGUUUUCGAAAUAUCAAAUUUCAGUACCUUAUACUCGUUGGCUA